AUGGCUGAUGUCUUCCGACUUCGGCGUGUGGGUCGACGUCUUGUUUUUCAAGACGGCAAUGCCCGUGCUCACCGUGCACGAAUCGUCAAUGCUCACCUCCAGCCGCACAACAUCUAUCGAAUGCCAUGGCCAGCAAUGAGUCCAGACCUUUCUCCCAUUGAACACGUCUGGGACAUGAUAGGGAGACGUGUGCGCCAACGUCAACGACCGCCGACCACGUUAGCGGAACUUGAUCAGGCGCUGCAAGAGGAGUGGAACAGACCCCCUCAAAUGGCCAUUGGGAGACUUAUACGCCUGAGAGACACUGUCGGUAUGGAUGCGUACGAGGACGCGGUGAUUUUGUUUGAGAUGAAACAGUUGCGCUACAAGCGAGCCUGUGACAAUGCCGCUACUCUGAGUGCACUCUUUUCAGACACCGGCGCUGUGUACUGCAACACGACGUGGGACGGCUUCAGCUGCUGGCACCACACCCCCGCCAACACCCUCGCCGUCGUCUCCUGCCCCAGGGACCUGCUCGGCGUCGACCCGCUACAGAACGCCACACGCCAGUGUCACGCCAACGGCAGCUGGGCGGACCGCUCCGACUACCACAACUGUUUGCCGUUACAAGACAAUAACAACCUUCUUUUGGAGGCACUGACCUCGAAAUCCGACCUUGGUGUGAGGAUUAUCUACAAUGUCGGCUUCAUUCUCACGACGGUUUCGCUGCUGGUUGCUCUUGCUAUAUUUCUCUACUUCAGGAGUCUGCGGUGUUUGCGGAACCUCAUCCACAGCCACCUGAUCCUGACGUUCAUCCUGCGGAACGUGGUAUGGAUCAUCCUACACAACACCAUGCUGCACCUCUGGAACACUGACCUCGAGUGGAUAUGCAAGUUAAUGGUUGCGCUGUACAACUACCUCCACGGAACUAAUUUCUUCUGGAUGUUUGUUGAAGGGCUCUACCUUUUCACCAUUAUUGUGUGGGCGUACUCGGCCGAUAAGAUCCGACUGUGGUACUACUUGAUAAUAGGAUGGGGCAUUCCAUUUAUAUAUACUGGUGCUUGGGCCAUCGUGAAAUAUAAUCUCGAUGAUUUUAAUUGCUGGUUUCCAUCUCAAACACACUACGGUUUCAUUCUACAUGUGCCCAUCUUUUGGGUUUUAGUGAGUAAUAUGUUCUUUCUGGCCUCAAUUAUCUGGGUACUGAUAACAAAGCUGAAAGCAUCACCAAACAUCGAGACAAGACAGUACAGAAAAGCCGUGAAGGCGACCAUCAUCCUGUUUCCUCUGCUUGGAGUGACGUACGUGCUCUUCCUCAUCCCGCCGAGCAACAACCACGUGGUGCACACAGUCUUCCAGUACGCCAACGCCUUGCUGCAGUCCUUCCAGGGUCUGUUUGUGGCGGUAUUCUACUGUUUUCUCAAUGGUGAGGUGAAGGCUGUCCUGCGCAAGAAGGUGAGCAACAUCCAGGAGAGUCGUAGCAUCACGUCGAGGUACACGAAGACGUCGUUCAUAGGAUCCCCGGCACGCUCCAGCAUCCGCGACCCUCCCAGCACGAGCAUCGCUUUCACCAGCAUCAACGGCAAGUACAACGGCAGCGCCAGCAUGCGCAACAGUGGCGCGUCCCGAGUCAUUGAGGAAGAAAACAUGUUGUAA